CGCCGCCGCAUCCCGCACCCGGACCCCGCGCCCGCACCUGCACCACGCACUGCGCACCCCUCGCCCCUCGGUAUGGGCCGCCCAGCCUGAGCGCCGCUCCUGACCCGCGUCCCCGGCCCGCGCGCGGCGAUGGCGAAGGCGACGUCCGGUGCCGUGGGGCUGCGGCUCCUGCUGCUGCUGCUGCCGCUGCUCGGCGAAGCCCCUCUGGGCCUGUACUUCCCGAGGGAUGCCUACUGGGAGCGGCUGUACUUGGACCAGCCAUCUGGCACACCGCUGCUCUACGUGCAUGCCAUGCGUGACACACCUGGGGAGGUGCCCAGCUUCCACCUUGGCCAGCACCUCUAUGGUGUCUACCACAAGCCGCUGCACAGGAAUGACUGGAUCCGUGUGGAGGACACCGGCCUUCUCUACCUCAACCGCAGCCUGGACUUCGGCUCCUGGGAGCAGCUCAGCCUGAGAAACGGUGGCUUCCCCCUGCUGACCAUCUUCCUCCAUGUCUUCCUGUCGUCCCCACCCCUGCGCGAGGGCGAGUGCCACUGGCCAGGGUGUGCCCGAGUGUACUUCUCCUUCAUCAACGCCUCCUUCCCGGCCUGCAGCUCCCUUUCAUCCCGGGAGAUCUGCUUCCCGGAGAACGGGCUGUCCUUCCGAAUCCGAGAGAACAGGCCACCCGGCACCUUCCACCAGUUCCGUCUGCUGCCCGUGCACUUCCUGUGCCCCAACAUCAGUGUGGUCUACAGGCUCCUGCAGGGUGAUGGUGACAGCGGCCCCUUCCGCUGUGCCCAGGACAGCCUGGAGGUGAGCACGCGCCGUGCGCUGGACCGAGAGCGCCGUGAGCGCUUCGACCUGGUGGCCGCGUGUGUCGUGCGGUCCGGCGCGCGUGAGAAGGAGGUGCGGGAGCCCUUCCCCGUCACCGUGUACGACGAGGACGACUCGGCGCCUAGCGUUGCGGGGGCCGCGGACACCGCCAGCGCCGAGGUGACCUUCCGGCGCAAGGAGGGCACGGUAGUGGCCACGCUGCGCGUGUUCGACGCAGAUGUAGUGCCUGCCUCCGCAGAGCUAACCCGGCGCUACACCGGCACCCUGCUGCCCGAGGAUCCCUGGGCCCAGCAGCAUUUCCGCCUGGAGCAUGUGCCCAACGAGACCCGUGUGGCGGCUGAGGACGGCAGCACCGUGCGGGCCACUGUGCACGACUUCAAGCUGGUUCUCAACCAGAGUCUACCGAUCUCGGAGAGCCGAACCCUGCAGCUGGAUGUGCUGGUCAAUGACUCCACCUUCCAGGGCCCAGGCUCAGGCAUCCUUCUCCUCCACUUCAACGUGUCAGUGCUGCCUGUCCACCUGCGCCUGCCCAGCACCUAUGCCUUCUCCGUGAGCAGGCAGGCCCACCGUUAUGCCCAGGUUGGCAAGGUCUGUGUGGAGCACUGCCGGGAGCUCAGCGGUGUCCAUGUGCAGUACAAGCUACAGCCGUCCAGCACCAACUGCAGCGCCCUGGGGGUGCUCAGCUCGGCCAAGGACACCUCAGGGACCCUGUUCGUGAAUGACACGGAGGCUUUACGGCGGCCAGAGUGUGAUGAGCUGCAGUACACAGUGGUGGCCACCGACCUGGAGACCCACGUCCAGGCCCAGGCCAUACUGCUGGUCACUGUGGAGAGGACAUAUGUGGCUGAGGCAGCGGGCUGCCCCCUGUCCUGUGCGGUCAGCAAGAGGCGCCCCGAGUGCGAGGAGUGCGGUGGCCUGGGCGCCCUGUCCGGCCGGUGUGAGUGGCGGCAGGGUGACGGCAAAGGGAUCUCCAGAAACUUCUCCACCUGCUCCCCCAGCAUCAAGACCUGCCCCGAUGGCCACUGCGAUGUCGUGGAGAACCAGGACCCCCAUAUCUGCCCCCAAGACUGCCUGCGGGGCAGCAUCGUUGGGGGACACGAGCCAGGGGAGCGCCGGGGGAUCAAAGCUGGCUAUGGCACCUGUAGCUGCUUCCCAGAGGAAAGAAAGUGCUUCUGCGAGCCUGAGGACAGCCAGGGCCCGCUGUGUGAUGACCUGUGCCGCACAGUGAUCGCAGCAGCUGUGCUCUUCUCCUUCAUUGUCUCGGUGCUACUGUCCACCUUCUGCGUCCACCGCUACCACAAGCACGCACACAAGCCGCCUAUUGCGUCUGCAGAGAUGACCUUCUGCCGGCCCGCCCAGACCUUCCCAGUCAGCUACUCCUCAGCAGGGGCCCGCCGGCCCUCGCUAGACUCCAUGGAGAACCAGGUCUCUGUGGACACCGUCAAGAUCCAGGAGGACCCAAAGUGGGAAUUCCCUCGCAAGGACCUGGUUCUCGGGAAGACCCUGGGAGAGGGCGAAUUUGGGAAGGUGGUGAAGGCCACGGCCUUCCGCUUGAAGGGCAGAGCUGGCUACACCACAGUGGCCGUGAAGAUGCUGAAAGAGAAUGCAUCCCAGAGCGAGCUGCGUGACCUGAUGUCUGAGUUCAACCUCCUGAAGCAGGUCAACCACCCACACGUUAUCAGGCUGUACGGGGCCUGCAGCCAGGAUGGGCCACUCCUCCUCAUUGUGGAAUAUGCCAAGUAUGGGUCCCUGCGGGGUUUCCUCCGGGACAGCCGCAAGGUGGGACCCGGCUAUGUGGGCAGCGGAGGCAGCCGCAACUCUGGUGCCCUGGACCACCCGGACGAGCGGGCGCUGACCAUGGGUGACCUCAUCUCCUUCGCCUGGCAGAUCUCCAGGGGUAUGCAGUACCUGGCUGAGAUGAAGCUCGUGCACCGGGACCUGGCAGCCAGGAACAUCCUGGUGGCCGAGGGCCGGAAGAUGAAGAUCUCGGACUUCGGGCUGUCCCGAGACGUGUACGAGGAAGACUCCUAUGUGAAGAGGAGCAAGGGCCGAAUUCCUGUCAAGUGGAUGGCGAUCGAGUCCCUGUUCGACCACAUUUAUACCACACAGAGUGAUGUGUGGUCCUUCGGGGUCCUACUGUGGGAGAUUGUGACCCUGGGGGGCAACCCGUAUCCCGGGAUUCCUCCCGAGCGACUCUUCAACCUCCUAAAGACGGGCCACCGCAUGGACAGGCCGGACAACUGCAGCGAGGAGAUGUACCGGCUCAUGCUGCAGUGCUGGAAGCAGGAGCCAGACAAGAGGCCCAUGUUUGCUGACAUCAGCAAAGACCUGGAGAAGAUGAUGGUCAAGAGCAGAGACUACCUGGACCUCGCGGCGUCCACCCCGUCAGACUCCCUGCUGUAUGACGACGGCCUCUCAGAGGAGGAGACGCCACUGGUGGACUGCAGCAGUGCCCCCCUCCCUCGUGCCCUCCCCUCCACAUGGAUUGAAAACAAACUCUAUGGCAUGUCAGACCCGAGCUGGCCUGGAGAGAGUCCUGUACCACUCCCGAGAGCCGAUGGCCCUAACACGGGGUUUCCGAGAUAUGCAAAUGAUAGUGUUUAUGCUAACUGGAUGGUCUCGCCCGCAGCGGCGAAGUUAACGGACACAUUUAAUAGUUAACAUUUCUAUGUGCACGGUCAUGGACUCACGAGGGGAAGAACAUGCCAAGAAUGGACAGUCCACCAGCCUUUCCUGUGCCUAUCACCCUGGCCAGGCCAGGCCCAGGUGGCAGACUCGUUCCCAGUAGUUGGUUGUAACUGGUUUCCAAAGUGGUUUCUUCCCUGAUGGCUGGUGAUGUCCCUCCUAGCAGACGUGGCCGCCGGGUGAGUGCUGAGUCUUGGCGCUAACUUGUCCUUCCCCUUUCUCACCAGGCAGCCCCUCAUCUGUGUCCACUGGUGGCCACCAUGUGCCCCCAGUCCCGUGUGGGCCUGCCACUCGCUACCUUGUGUGAGAAAUUGUACCUGAACUGUCUGAUUUUCCUGGUUGCCACUAAAACAGUGCAACAAGGUGGAACCAUGAAGCGCACGCGCGCGCACACACACACGCACACACACACACACACACACGCACACACACACAGGCAGUAGGAAAACCCUUGCCGGAGUAGCCUGGCCUUACUCAAAAGAAGCCUGUGGGGCCUGAGUGGUAACAGCAAACCUCACCCCAACCCUGGGGCAGGAAGGGAAGGGGGCACCAGGACAAGCCUUGGCUCCAAAUUUAAGGUCCUAAAAAUGGUUUUUAAAAUCAUGUAGCCUUUUCUUAGGAAGACACUUCGUUUCGCCAUUAUUAAAGUGAUUCUUAGAUCUAGCACAAUGGGGAUCUGAUGCUGCCCUUGCUGUGUGCACAGCAAUUUCGGGGAGGGGCUCACAGACGGGUCCAGGCCUCAAGUGACGGUGUGGGAUGACCACGACCCUGCCACCACAGCACAGAACACGGCAGCCUCUGGUGCUCCAUCACCCCACCACUGCCCUGCCAUGUGCCCUCUUUGGAGAGCAGCAGGGGCCCCAGCACCCAGACCAGGUGAGCCUGUGCGUGUGUUUGUGGGUCCCCUAAUGCUCUCUCCUGAAGGGACCGACCUGCUAGUCACGUCAUGAGGGAUGCUGACAACGCCAUGGACCGCUGCGCCUGACUGCAGCUCUACCUUGGGAGGACACAGUCUGCCUCUUUCUGUUGGCAGACAGCAAGGCGUUUUGGUUUCUUCCAUUCUGACCAUGACUCAGACAUAGGUUUCUUGUCACUGCACUGUUGUGUGGUCAUACCCUGCACCCCUGCUGCUAUAGGGGUGACUACAGGAGUCCAGGCCAGUCAUGUUGCAAGAAGGGGCUGCACCACCAGAACACUGCCUGGUUAUCAGACGUCAGCACUGUAAGAGGACUUCGAGUGGUCUCCAUAAACGCGGCACUUCAUGGGCACUUCACAAAGCAGAGGAUGAUGACUUUUGUGUGGCAGGAGGGCCCGGAUGUGUGUGUGUGACAGCCCUGUGGUGGGUGUGCACAUACACAUGUACACACAUCCAGGGAGAGCCAGGACACGCUCACGGGGAUGGUAACAUGGCUUUAGUUUGGGCCAUCCAGAUACACUGUGAUAAGUUCUACAAAUACUGUAGUCAUGGCAAACUCUGGUUUUCAGAUGAGUUUCAUGACAGCUUAUUAAAUGCAGAACUAAAGAUAAAGUUAUUAAAAUGCCCGUCCAGUAAGUGUGAAUUUUACAGUUAGUUUGUUUUUGUGGCACCAGUCCUCUGGGUCCAAACACUCACCCAGGGGUGGGGAACUAACACUUGCCUAGUAACCCAGCCAAGUGAGUUACAAAAGUACCCAUUCCUACCAGACAACUUUCAUUCACAUACGUGCAGGCAUUGCUAAGUAUUAAGUGUUACUGAGUAUUAAGUAGCAAUCUGUCAGCUAUUAACUAUGUGAAAUCCAUUUAAGAAAGGUUAUUAAACCAUGUCAUGUUAAUUUGUUUUUGUAGUCAAAGUGACUAAGGAAGUAAUUUCAGUUGUGUAAAUAAAAUCAUGUAUCAUAAAA